AUGGCACACAAACAUUGCUUUGAGGUGCUAGACUAUACACUGAGAGACAUAUUGCGGUCUACUUUUCUGGAUAGUCUUAACAAACCAUUUGGUGGAAUGACAAUGAUACUUAGAGGAGACUUUCAUCAAAUAUUAUUAGUUGUGUCUAAAGGCAGGAGAGAAGAUAUAGUAGGCACCUCCACUAAAUCAUCAUACCGGUGGCAACAUUUUGAGAUCUAUCUACUGCACAAAAAUAUGCAUUUGGAAAAUGGUGCUUGCACAAGUUCAAGUGCCGAGUUUGCACAAUGGAUUCUCAAUGUUAGAGAUGGUAAAGAGGCAUCUGAUGUUGGUGAGCAAUGGAUUGAGAUCCCACGUGAAAUUAUGAUGGACCGCAAUUGCAAUGCAAUACAAAAAAUAAUUGAAUUCACUUAUCAAGAUGUGGCCACUAAACUGAUAGAUAAAAACUCAACAAACUCUGGUGAUGAUGAUGCCCUUUAUCCAAUUGAGUUUCUCAAUUCAUUGAAAUUUGCUGGCAUGCCAAAUCAUGCUCUUCGACUAAACAAUGAUGUUCCUAUCAUGCUGCUUCGCAAUGUCAACCAAAGUGCUGGCUUAUGCAAUGGUACAAGGCUUAUUGUAACUCAACUUGGAAAAUG